AUGGGAAAGGGUCGAAAUAAGAACAAGGAUAAAGACGCCUACAGCGGACCGCAGCGGCCAAGACUCGGUCGUCAUGACAGCGACAGCGAUGAGUCGGUUUCUACCCAUCUGACGUUCGACGACGACUUGAGUAGUGUCCAAGGAGACAUCGAGAACCUCGACGACGUUUUCGACAAAUUGACGGAGAAUCUUGAUAAUGCUACGCACAAAAAUGUGUCGAUCCGUACAUCUGCGCUUGACGGACUAAUAUUUGCCCUAACGUCUCAGUACGUUCCAGAAUUUGUGCUGCGGAACAAAAUGACUCUAGUUUCGUUGGCCAACAAACUGGACAACAAAACAGAGGAAGAGGCGACACGCUUGGCCGUUCUCGUCUCACUUGUUGCCAUUCAGGCGGGAGAAGAAAUCAGUGAUUUAAUAGAGGAUCCGUUGUCGCAAAUGCGCACUAUUCUCAUGGACCUAUCGAAGAGCAGCGUUUUGCGAGGAACAUGCGCUCUCUCAAUGGCUGUGACGUCACGAAUCUCAUGUGAAAACGAAGAAAUAAUCGCCGCAAACAUUAAGGCGUGCCGAUUUGCCUGGACUAAUAUUAGAAAUAAUUCUCCGAAUAGCAAACUAUUUUCGAUUUGUCUUCAAUCUUGGUGUCUUCUUUUACUGGACGGUGAUUAUUCGACAAUUAAAGCGGCAACCGAUGACCAACCAAAAAUUGUUGGUUAUUUGAAUGCAGACCAACUUGACAUAAGGAUAACUGCUGGCGAAGCAUUAGCAUUCCUUCAUGAAUAUAUGCAAGAAGCAAAGCCUGGAUAUUCGCGAUUCCCCAAUCAUGAUACUGUUCUAGAGAUUUUUGAGGGAUUAAUUGGAGAUACAACAAAGAGAAAAACGAAAAAAGACAAAAGGAUUCAAAGAUUUUCUUUUAGAGAAAUUUAUGCAUAUUUGAACGACGAUGAAGACACUCCAGAAGUGAAUAUAAAAUUCGGAGAGGAGACUCUCGUUCUUAACUCAUGCACUAUAAAAUUGAUAUAUGAUUUGCUUUGUGAAGUUCUUCAUGGAGGAAUGAUGAAGCAAUUGCAGAAGAACGAGGUUCUUCGGGAAGUUUUCGGUUUAGGAACUCCCCAAUUAACAAGUGAUUCAUCAAUAAGCAAAAUUUCUAGGAUGGCUUAUCACGAUGCUACUCAAAAGGCUCGAAAUCAAAUUCGCGGCAAACAGCGCGACAAAAGAACUGCAGCGUAUUAA